UACCCACGUGAUUUACACCGACGUCAGAAUAUUUCGAAUCUUCAGGCACAGAAUAAUUAUUCUGUGCUUCAGGUCUGUCGUCUGAGAUUGUCUUAUCAGUACCACCAGUAUCACUUCACCCGCGACCCAUUCCAUCAUAACCCGCUCUACCAGUCGACACUCGACACUGUUGAUACUUGAUACGACAUUACGACAUUACUUGCUGUCCCUUGUUACGGGCUACGAAUUCUACAGCAUAAUAUUAAGUAUUAGUGAUACAGUAGACAAUUAUUAAAUAAAAUAUAACAUAAACUUUAUACUCCGUAUUUCUACAUCCGGCGCUGAUACAAUAAGUAAUUCCAGACUCGUAUCUAUAGAACUCAAAAUUGAAAUAUGAUUACGAAAGGCUGUAGCUUGGCCACGGUUUACUUACCGCAACGCAACUGCAAGUUAUAUUAUUAUAACUAACCAGCCAUUCAUUCAGCACUUCAAAGAGUUAUGGUUUUUGGUAACUAAACUAUUUACAAGUAUGGUUGAGUCAAUUGAUUUUGAAAAUACAACUUUAUUAAGAGAUUUCAAUGAAACUCAACCUAUUCACGAGUGGUCCCCUUUUAUAUGUGAUGGACCUUCACAUAUGCCUACUUUCAAAGUUUCAUUAUAUUUAAACAAUCUUCGGUUUAAUGGCUAUGGGUCUUCAAAAAAAAAAGCUAAAAUAGAUGCAAUAAAGAACUUCAAAUUAUUCACUCUAAAUCAUGAUAAUUCUAAGGCCAACCAUACUGUAGAAAGUGAUAUACUAGUUGACAAAAGAAAAUGUACUGAUGAUAUAGAAAACUCGCUAUCAAAAAAACUUGCUACAGAACAUCAAGUCCCGGAACAUCAAGUCACUGGACAUCAAGUCACAGAACAUCAAACAUCAGCAAUAUGCAUCCUACAUGAAAUAUUUGCAGGACAAACCUUGGUAUACGAACAUGAGCAGUCUCAUGGUAUAUUAGAAACAAUUAGUGUCAUGGUUUCUGGUAAUAAGUACAUAGGUUAUGGGAAAAGUAAAAAAGAAGCCAAAGAAAUUGCAUGUCGUAACGCUUUAAAAUCCUUGUAUGAUGCUCAGCCAAUAGAUAAUAAGUUCAAAAAUCAAAUAGAAAUGUUGCGUACUGAUUAUAAUGAUGCUAAAAUUAUUGAUCAUUUUGCUAGAAUCACAGAUAUGGUAUAUCAAAAAUUAGAAUUUAAUCAAAUCAAAUUUAAAGAAUACUCAGUCAUUGCAAGUAUUAUCAAAAUGACCAAAGAUGAUUUGAGGACAGCUCAAGUAAUUUGUUUGGCUACUGGUACAAAAUGUUUAUCUGGUAACUAUUUGAGCCUAAGUGGUGAAUCUUUACAUGAUUGCCACGCAGAAAUAUUGACCCGCAGGUGUCUUUUAAAAUUCUUUUAUAAAGAACUCAUGGAAUCAGUGAAGGGCCUUCCUUCUAUAUUUAUCUCAGAUGAUAAAAAAUGUAAGUUCAAAUUAGCAGAAGAUAUAGCAUUUCACUUAUACAUAAACACAGCCCCUUGUGGUGAAGCUAGAGUAUUUAGCUUCUGUGACACAGAACACCAGUUAAAUCGUUUAAACCGUGGUUUACUUCGAUCAAAAAUUGAAAAUGGUGCAGGUACUGUAUCUGUGUUUGGUAGAGAAGUUCAGACAUAUGAUGGAGUUGCUCAGGGUGAACGUCUUGUUACUAUGUCAUGUUCAGACAAACUAACACGAUGGAAUGUACUUGGACUUCAAGGCAAUUUAUUAUCAAAUUUUGUUAAACCCAUCUAUUUAGAAUCAAUAUCAAUUGGAAGUAUAUUCAACAUAAAUCAUAUGAAGCGAACAAUUUAUGGUCGUGUUGAAAACUGUAUUGAUAAAUUACCACAAGAUUAUAAAUUACAGAAACCUCAACUUCGUGGUUAUGGUAUACUUCCUCGCAGAUCUGUUACACAAUCACCACACUGUGUGAAUUGGAUUAUAAAUGAAGGAAUUGAAAUUAUUAAAGGAAGUAUGGGUAGAACAAUCGAAAACAGGUUGUCCAGAGUAUGUAAAACCUCAUUGGCUAAAGAAUAUAUUAAACUGUGUAGUGCUACAAAUAAUCUAUCAACUCUUAUUGAAAAUGAAACAAAUAUAUUUUAUGAUUCAUUGAAAAAUAAAAACAAGAAUUAUGUAGCUGCUAAAAAUGAAUUAUUAUCAACAUUUAAGUCAUUAAAACUUGGGACUUGGGUACAUAAGCCUGAAGAACUUAAAAGUUUUGAAUUAAAUGUUGGUAAUACAAUAAAUAAAAUUGAUAAAAUACCAUUAUAAUAAUAAUAUGCAUUGGAUAUUUAACUAAGAAUAUUCAAAGUUGAGACAAUUUUUUCGUAAAUUUUUAUUUAUUAAGUUUCUAUAACAGUGUAAACUAUGAAUGGUGAAUUAAAGAAAGGAGCAAAUAAGGCAUCUAUCCACCUUCCCCUAAUUUAGUAUUUAAUUUAUAUAAAUAGAUGUUACUUUCUGACUUAUUAUCAUUUAUAUGUAAAACUGACCAUUAUUUUAUUUAUCUGUAGUUAAAUACACAAAUACAUCACUGAAGACAUUUUUCUUUA